CUGAACCCCAAAUUGCAUGGUGGCCUCUGCUGUGAUGUAGAGAUGGUAUAUUUCCGACGGCAACGAACGCAGCACUACGUCGUCACCUGCAGCGCCCCCUGAUGGAGAACCCAGACACGUUCAGGGCCGCUGGGAAAAGGAAACUGAAAGCGUCAAUGAGACUGUUCAGCGCAGAUCGUCGAUAGGAGGUUACUUUCACUAUGUCUUCAGACGAGAGCUUCUCCCUGGUGGACGUCUCAGAGCCAUCCCAGGACACCUUGGAGGGAGUCAAGGCUUUAAUCUCCAGCUACAAGAAAAAACACGAGCAGCUGCUGCAGGAGCAGAAGGACCUCGCCGCCAGCAGAGACGACCGCCAGGAGCUGGCUCGGGAGUUCAGACGGCGCACCGAGAUACUGACCCAGAGUCUGGAGAAGGACCAGAGGUCCAACAAGCAGAAGAUUGAAAGUGAAAUGGCUCGGCUGAACCUGCUCCAGCAGGAGGAGGCUGAGCUGAUGGAGAAGAUCCAGGCAGUGAAGGAGGCCCUGAUGGAGGAAGAGGCCCAGAACAAACUUCUGAAACAGCAGACUGAUGUGUUCACCGCCGUGCCCGAGAGGGACGUUUUCUUCAAUGGGUUGACGGGAAAGCCGACCGAUGCGCCGAUGUUUGACAUGGAACCGCGGAUAGUUUACCCGAUGGAGGGGGGGACGGCGCUGAUUACCUUUGAGGAAGAAGUAGUGGCCAAGAAGAUCCUGGACAUGAAGAAGCACAAGGUGGACCUGGGAGGAGAGUGCAGCAUCACUGUGGAGGCCAGGCCGGUUCAGCUGAUGAUGCCCAGGCUGGUGGAGAUAGACACUAAGGUUUGUCCCCGGCGCAUAUUAAUCUCCAACCUGCCCAGGAUGGACACCGAGACCCUGCUGAACAAGCUGGAGAUCCACUUCUCCAAGAGGAAAAACAGAGGCGGAGAAGUGGACGACUGUGAAAUGAUGACGGACUCUUGGACUGUGGUCCUCACUUUCGUGGAGAAUGACAUUGCCAAAGGUUUGACAGAUACAGAGUACCAUGAAGUGAAGAUAAAACAGAAGCACAAAGUGAGAGUGACUCCUUUUCUCAACGGAAACAUUACAAACCUAAAGACCGAGAUGACGGUGUGUCCUCGGACGGUGCUGCUGACGGGGAUCCCUGCCAUCAUGGAGCGAGAGACCCUGCAGGAUCUGCUGGAAAUCCACUUCCAGAAAAGCACCAACUGCGGAGGAGAGAUCGAAGCCUUCCUCUACAACCCGCUGGGCCAGCACACCUCGGCCCUGUUCGACGGCGUUCCCAAAAAUGGUGGAAGUAGACCCUAGAUUUAUCACUGUUUCUCAAAAAAACAAACAGGGUGAUGUCAGAUCCAAAGCCGGGAUCCACCCUGCUAAUGAAAACCUCACCUGGUGAUGCAAGACUGUAUUAUUCAGAACAAAGUUAUGAAGAUCUUGUUUUUAGCAUCACUUUUUCCUCCAGCAUGAUCUCUGAUGCCCGUCACCAUAGUUGAUAUCAACUCUUACAAUUAUAAAACAACUGCUAUAUUCAUAGAUGAAGAAAAUAUUUCACCUGGUGGUGUUUUCUGUCUAGCUGCUUCAAAAUAUAAAUUAAUGGCUUUGACAAAUUGUGUAAUUACAGUGAUGCAACAACCCCAUUAAUCACCAAGUAAUCUGAACUUUCAUCAUGUAAAACUUUAUAUUUUGGGGGUGUUUUUGCAUCUGUUGGAGGUUUGACAGCUGAGAAGCAGACAGAAAACAUGGGGGGGCAGAAGAGGUUUCUUAAGAUAACUCUGAAGAAUAGUUCAGCUUCAUGAGAAAUAGCUUGUUCACUUUCUGGUGAAGAGCUGAAGUGUAGCUGAAGCUAAAUGAUCGAUCGUAUUUUGGGCAUCUCAUCUCUCUGAUCAGUAUGCCGAGGCUACAGCUAGUAGCUGGUUAGCUUAGCAUAAAACAACUGGAAAUAGAGUCAGCUGGUUCUGUAACAAAAUCCACCAAGCAGCACCUCUAAGCUCACUAAUAAGUUAAUAAGUGUAAAAAUAACAAUUCAUCAUUUUGUCAUUAUUUUCGACUGGGUGUUGUUGCCAGGCAACCUGCAGAGACUCCAGAAAGUUGCAGUAGUCUGAUGCAUAACCCCCCCUGAAGAAAUUUCUAACAACAUAAAGCAUGUUGGUUAAUGAGCUUCAGACGUGCUGGAGGAUUUUGUUACCUUUGAACACAGCCAGGCUAGCAGUUUCCCUCUGUUUCCAGUGUUUGUGCUAAGCUAAGUUAACCAGCUGAUAUGUCUAUUUCCCAAAAUGAACUGUGCCUUUAUAUGGGUAAACAAGUUGUGAAUGAUGUCAGGUUGAGGUGAAAAUGCUUAAGUUGGAGUGGAAAAAAAUGUAUUUUUGUGUUAAUUUUGCAAACUAAUAUGCAGAAAAUGAGCACUGAUGUAAAUUAAAGGACUUAAAAAGCAAACCAAGACUGAACUCAGA